AUGGACAUUCCUUAAAAAUGCAUUUCAUUCAGUCCAAAUUGGUUUUAUCCACAAAUUGCUUAAAUGAACGGGGAUUUACUGUGUUACGGGGUCAAUGAAUAAGUUUUUGUUUAUAAUAGUUAAACCAAAUACUUCAAAUAUACAUUGCAAGGAUAAUAAAAAGUAACAAUGUUGUAUUUAAAAGAUCAAUACAUAUUUGUUGGCUAAGAGGGUGGUGUUAUAACAAUGUUUUAACAAUAGAAAUAUUUGGGUAAGCUUGAAUUUAAUAUUGAAAUUCCUAUGAUUUUAAAGGAAAUCCAUAAUGAAUAUUUGUUAUUAGAUAAUAAAGGUAUAGCACUUGGAUUUAAAUUGGAUGAUAAAUUUGAAUUGAUUGAUUUUGGAUUGAAAUUAAUAACUUAACCUCAUUGUAUUCCAAAAUGGGGAGAUGAGAAUGUAGUCAUUUAUUUGAGUGGAAGAAUGUAUAGAUAUGAAUAAAAAUCUGAAUAUGAUUAUCCAUAUCAUAUUUUAUGCGUUGAUAGAUUUAAAAAUAAAUAUGGAGUUUUAAAUAAAUUGCAUAAAUCAAUUAGUCUACAUGUAUUUGAAUUAGAUUAAAUAGAUGAAUGGAAAUAAACAAAUACCAUUAAUGAUAAUGAUAUUUUCAUUGAAUUAAGAUUUAUAGUAAAUGAGAAGUUGCCAACAGAAAAUCUCAAGAAAGCUUCAUUAAGCAUUAAAUUUUUGGAUGAUAAACAAAUUUUUAUUACUUCUAAACAAGGAGAAAUCUUUUUAAUUUAGUUAACAAAUUAAGUCAAAUAAUUAAAAUUGGAUGCCAAUGUCAUUUCUGAUAAAUAUUUCUACAAAUUACCAUAAGAAAUUCACAUCAAGGGUAUAUAUUUAAUGAAUAACUAUCAAAAUAAAUAUUAUACAGUAGGUUUAGAUAGAAGAAUAUUUUCAUUUUGUAUUGAAGAUGGUUAAAUUGUUGAUUAUCAUAAAUUUGUUUGUUUGGCUGGCAAAGUCAACAAAUUAUAAAUUGGUAAAGAAAAGAAUUUAAUAUAUUAUCAUGAUCAAACACUAAAAUCUAUUGAUUUAACAAAAAAUAAAUAUCCUGUAUAUAUCAAUGAAUUUUGGAAAAUAACUGAUUUUUCUAAUUUCUAUAUAUGUCCAUUUUAAGAAGGUAUUGCUAUAAUUCAAAAAGAAUAAAAGAUAGAAUUAUAUGAUAUUUAUAAAGAAGAAUUAUUAGAUAAAUAUGUUUGUGAAGAUCCAAUUUCUAAAAUUGAAUGGCUUAAUAAAAAAUAAAUAUUACAUUUAUUAGAUUUAUUUGAUAUUAAAUAAUAAAAAGAAUAAGAUAAUGAAUUAAUUAAUAAACCACAUUCAAUUUAAGAUUAUAUCCUAAUUAUCAUGUUAAGUGGCAGAAUUUAAUUAAUUGAAUUAUCAACUGGAUAAGUUUUAGUCAAUUUUUUGAUUUAAUAAAAGAUUUAAAUAUAAUAGCUAAUUAAAAAUAAAACAUUUGAUAUUGUUACAAUAAACAUGAACAGCAUUAUAUUUUUAUUUAAUAAUGAUAAAUGUUAUUUGUUUUUUAUUUUUAAUGGAUAACAUGUGUUCUAUUACUCAAAAUAAAAUUGUGAUACAAAAUUAAUUCAUAAUGUAGAUAUAAAUUGCAUUGAUGUCAGUUUAUACAAUAACAAUAUCUACUUACUUACUGGUUGUAAUAACCAAACGUUAUCUAUAAAUGUUAUUCAUGAUGAAAUUGUUCUAUUGGGUUAUUUGAAACAUAGAUUUCCUAUUCAAAAAGUUUAAUAAAGAAAUGGAUUAGUUACAGCAUUAGCUAAAUGUCAUUAAUCAUUAUAAAUUUGGAAUGUUAUUGAAAUUCUAUAAAGAAUGAUACAAUUGAUUGAUUUAUUUAUUAUUUUAUUUCAGGUCACAGUGGAUUUUUGUUAGAUUUUGUAUAUUUCACUAACAAUUUGA